AUGUGGGAGGUACGUGAUUUGAAAUUCAUAAGCUUUUCCUUAGAACUUUUUUUACUUCUUGGAUUAUGCUUUUCGCUGCGAAACCAAGGAAACCGCUAAGCCUCUUCUAAAUUCUUAGUCAGAGGAGACGAAUGCAUAACCUAGCUCCCCUCCCCUCUUGAAUUAUUUUAUCAUUCGUGCAAACGUUUUGCUCGUUUCCACAAACUAGUUUCCUGUGUCAGGCGUAAUAAAAUUUCGGCAUUUUCCAGUUGUCAGGCCAAGAAGAACUUAGAAAUUUGUACACCUUAAUUGACGACAUUAGACGUUUUGAGAAAGCAAAAUGUACUGAUUAUCACCCCUCUUAUAACACUCUAGAUAUUUAUCGAGGGUCGCCUUGGCUACUUCAUUGAUGGAGCUGCAAAUCCGAAAAACUGGAUGAAGUUCGUUGAUUGCGCCUACCAUCCAGCGGAGCAAAACUUGCAAUUAAUACAGCAAGAACAGUUUUUGUAUUACGAGGCCAUAAGUCUGAUUACGGAGGGGGAGGAACUGAAAGUGUGGUACGGUGAAGGAUAUCGCAUGUUCAUGGGGAUACCUUUAGGAAUAAAGAGUGGAUCAGAUUGUGAGUGAAGCAUUAGGCGUCGUAAAACUAAAACUAAUGCAAUAAUAGCCAAUCAAAACAACGGAAGAUAUUAGAAAGAGCCAAUGAGAAUUCAAACCAAAAACAGGCAAACUCUUGAUUAGAGUGGUGCGAGUUUUUCUUUACCGAUCACAUGAUGACGUACGACAAAAACAAAGCAAUUCAGGGUUACUUUAAAUACCUUGUAUCGAAUUGCUCGAUCAAGGGACGCGUUGACACCCUUCUGGUGGUGCUAUUAGAUUGCUUCUUUUUAAAGCUUCAAUAGCGCCAACUUAAUACAGAUAUUUGGGAUACCCUUAGUAAUAGACAGGAAUGAAAGUUCACUCGCUACUACGAUAGAUGGAUAUUCGAAUCUCUAUGGGGCAACCCGUGGGAAUAGCAUACUUGAAUAGCAUGAUAUUUGCUAAUUCGAUAGUUUGAUCUGAUAGCUGGAGAGUGAUAUCCCUCGGUGUUCAAAAGCAAACAAAUUUGGGAAAGCCUCGAACGUUCAUGGGGAUAUGUCGAACCCUCUUGGAAAUUCGUUCGGCUCCAGAUACAAAAUAGAUAAACAAAGAACAUUAAAGUGACUUGAUGCAGCGCGCUAGGCAAAGCUCAAUAAGUUCAAAGAAUGAUAUCUCUUUCCGAUCAAGAUUGGAGCUUCUGAAAACUGAAAACGGUCAAAGUUAUUUCAAUAAAACAUUUUUCUUUUUAUCGUGGGGCAACUAAAAAUCCAUAAAAUGCAAUAAUGAUAGAUAAAAAUGGAUUGUCUAGUCAGCAAAUUCUUCAUUGCAGAUGGUUCAAGUUACCCCUGCCAUUGUUGCGGAAAAGUUUUCUCUUACAAAUACUACCGCGAUCGCCAUCUUAAAUACACAAGCUGCGUUGACUUGGGUGACCGGAAGUUCCCCUGCAACCUGUGCAACCGCUCCUUUGAGAAACGCGACCGUCUCCGCAUCCACAUACUCCACGUUCACGAGAAACACCGUCCACACCAGUGUGCACAAUGCGGCAAAAGAUUCUCCCAGUCUUCAAGCCUCAACAAACACACACGAGUUCACAGCGGCGAAAGACCCUACAAGUGUCCCUAUUGUGCCAAAGCCUUCACUGCUUCCUCCAUACUGCGCACGCACAUCCGUCAACACAGCGGAGAGAAACCCUUCAAGUGCAAAUAUUGUGGGCGUGCAUUUGCAUCACAUGCAGCGCAUGACAGUCACGUGCGGCGAAAUCAUCAAGCUGAUUGUAGCGAUAGGAAUAAGGCUCUUGAGUUCUCUCGCCUAUUGUAA